GGACCCGGGGCAGGCGGGAGGGCGUAGUCUCGCGCUGGUAGAAGAGGAAGCUCGCGCCUGCUCUGUGCACCGCGCGCACAUCCCCGCGAGCUCCUGACAACAGAGCGGCAGCAGCACGAGCGAUGCGAGCGCAGAGCAGGAGGCAGUGAGGAGACCGCCCGAGCAGCACUUCAGCAAGCCCCAACACAGCGCCCUUAAACGGCCCCGUACACGGCUCCUGCCUCGGCACGGCCUCACACACGAGCCCUACCGCACUUCUGCCCCGUGUGCGUGAAGCUGAGCCCGGCUGCCUCUUCUCCACUCACCCCGGUCACUACACGCAGCCAUGUCGGUGCUCGCCCUCCAGGAGUACGAGUUCGAGCGGCAGUUCAACGAGGACGAGGCUAUCCGAUGGAUGCAGGAGAACUGGAAGAAGUCGUUUCUGUUCUCUGCACUGUACGCUGCCUUUAUCCUGGGAGGCCGCCAUGUCAUGAAACAAAGGGAGAAAUUUGAGUUGAGAAAACCUCUGGUGCUAUGGUCGCUCACACUCGCCGUUUUCAGUAUAUUUGGUGCCAUCCGUACGGGGAGCUACAUGACCUUCAUCCUGAUGACCAAAGGGCUAAAACAGUCUGUCUGUGACCAAAGCUUCUAUAACGGACCAGUCAGCAAGUUCUGGGCUUAUGCCUUUGUUCUUAGUAAAGCCCCAGAGCUCGGUGACACCCUGUUCAUCGUCCUCCGUAAGCAGAAGCUGAUCUUCCUGCACUGGUACCACCACAUCACGGUGCUGCUCUACUCCUGGUACUCCUAUAAGGACAUGGUGGCUGGAGGGGGCUGGUUUAUGACUAUGAACUACCUGGUACACGCUGUCAUGUACUCCUACUACGCACUGAGAGCUGCCGGCUUCAAGGUGUCUCGCAAAUUUGCCAUGUUCAUCACUCUCACUCAGAUUACCCAGAUGCUGAUGGGCUGUGUGGUCAAUUACCUGGUCUACUCAUGGAUGCAACAGGGCCAAGAGUGCCCCUCCCACAUGCAGAACAUCGUCUGGUCCUCCCUCAUGUACCUCAGCUACUUUGUGCUCUUCAUACAGUUCUUCUAUGAGGCCUACAUCACCAAGUCCAAGAAAAUGUCCGCAGCACUUGCCAAGAAGGAAGACUAAAUGAUGCCAUAGCUUACAACAGGGAAGAAAAGGGACCACCGGGGACCAUACGGAGAUAGGGGACCAGUGACUUGAAUUCCUAACAAGGGUUUUAGUUGAAAAAUAAUAUGAAGAAAAUGGUUGAAGGGAAUGCUUGAGCUGUGUAAGUGCAGAUGUAAAGCCUACAGAGGGUGAAGUCUUUAUAGGUGGAUAAAGAUAAUAAGCCAUCAUGACUUGUUUUAAAUGGGAUAGUCGGGGAUUUGCAACAAGAGGUCUCUUACAGUAGAUUGUCAGCACACUCCCAGUUUACAAAUCUACACAUCAUACUUAAAUUGGCAGACAGAAUUAUAGCAAAAAACUGUGCAAAAGGGUAACAUUUUGAUAACAUUGCACAAAAAUCAGAUACUAAUUUAAACUAGUAUUGUAACUAGAUACUAAUUUGAACAUGUAUCUAUACUAAAAAUAAAGUCAUACUCACAGGAAAGAAACAAACCUUUCUUGAAUAGCUUCAGAAUGAUCUUUAGCUGUCUGAGAACAAGUACAAGACCAUAUAGACUAGUAUAUGCCCAUGGACCACUAUGGAACAUAUCUGCACGACUGAAGGGUUACACAGAUCUAAAGGGUACAGGGUAAUAUAAAAAAUAUACUAUUAUUUAAUGUUGAAACUUACAUUCUGUUACCUAAUUAAAAUGUUUUUAUUUCAAUACCACAAUGAUAGUGUGAAAUUUUAGUAUCGUGGCAACAUUACAUUGAACUGGGCAUGUGAGGACACUCUAUGGUAAGAAGAAAACGAGCUAGAACCACAAUUGCAAAGUAGCUGGACUAUCUACAUAUUAUUAAAAGGUGUUAUAUAAAUUAAUGUUGAAUCUUUAAAAAAAAAAAAGUUUUUAAGAUAAAAAAAACCCACAAAUAAAGAGAAUUAUUAGACUAGAAUAUUUCAUUUGCCAUCAUCACCUUGUCACCUGAUAAAACGGACUUGUAAAGAUAAGUUGACAGUCAGUAGCGUCAUCUGUCCUGUGCGUGUGUCUUAGUGUUUUUAUAAUCAGUGGAGCAGUUCGAGACACUGAAGGCUUAGUCUAUUGUCUAACCAUGAGCUGAUGGGGUGAAUGGCACUGCAUUCGUGUGUCUUACAUUGCAAAAGGCAAUGUUUUCUCAGGUCAUAGGUUCUAAAUAUAAUAUGCAUAUCAAGAAAAUGUAGGUCUGUUUAACAUCUAGGCUAGUUUACAUAGUGGCUUAUUCAUCCUGAUGAGGUUGUGUAGUGACAACAUGUAUGAAAGAUGAACUAAACCAUGUCAUGCUUGUGGGCCUGAUGGGAAACCUGCCUUUACAGAUAUUGCCAACUGUACUUUGAAAGGUGUUCAGAUUGUGUUUACCUGUACUUGAGUAUUCUACUUGUGAUCCAGUUGGGUUAAGUGUGAUAUCACCUCCAGGUCCAUGAAUUGAUUGAAAAAUGAACAUGUUUACAAUUUUGCCUUUUUUUUUAAAGCAAUGACAAAUCUCUCUCACAUUAAGAGAUUGCAGUUGUUUAAAGCUGAGAAGGUUAUAAGCUGUAACUGGAGGUUGAGGUUAGAAGCUAGGCUAGGCUGAGGUAGCGUUAGCAGUGACCAGCAAUUUGUAAUCCUAUGUUAUAAUGGAUUACUACUACAUUAUUUACAUAUUUGUGGGUAAACGUGCACUUUUGAUAGGUAAUUGUUGUUUGAUGAAUAAGAAACAAAAACAAAGCUAGAAAUCAGUUGUGAAAUUUCUGGUUGGACCCGGAAGUGACAUCAUCAUUUAACAACUUUAUAAGCCCAUCUCUAAACGGGCAAUAGCCUUAAAUUGGUAUUUCCAAUUUCCCGAAAUGGAAUAAGUUCACAUUUUAACUAGAAGAAUUAACUAAAUAACUGAUAAACUAACACAAGAAUCACAUUUGCACAGAUCUAAACUACAGGCUUAACCUCUUUUUAUGCAGAAUAAGACCAGAUAUUUUGUUGUUUGUGCGCUUUGUGAUUUGGUAAUUGUGGCCAUUCAAAUUUUAAUUCGAUUUCUAAUUAAUCUGGGAGCCAUUGUGUAUUGUCCCACUUGUUGGCUUGAGUAUAUGUAAACACUUUCUGACUUAUAGAUGCUUUAAGGUCCCCCUCAGUAAAUAGACUAGUCUGUAGAUUCAAAGGACUGAAAAAGGAGGACAAACCAUUUAAUAUGAAAAAUCAAACCAAACCAUGCUAUUAUCAAAGUAGCCGUAUUGAACUUGUAUGUAUCCUUAACUGUCUGUCGUGCUCACGUACAUUUGCACUGUAUUACUGUAAAAACACUGAAAAAGCUACAUGUAUGAACAAAGUGCAAAUUGUGAGAUUGUGGUUUUGUCUUGAACUUGACAUUGCUUACACAUGUUCUGUUGGUGCUCACUUUUAGCUUGUGACGACAAUUUGAAAGCGCAGAAGGUCUGAUGGAGGGCACGGACAUCUUUAGAAAGUGUCCCUGCAUAAACCUGUUCAAAUGUCUACGUUUAAACCAAAAGAAGGGCUUCUAUCUAGGCUUCACUCAAUCACAAAAUGUACGCUAAGGCGACACAAAAUUUCAAACAGGCUAGGCUGUAAAAGUACAAUAAUUGUGUGUGUGCAUACUACAUAGACUAUGUGCGAAAUUAUGUUCCUGCGCCACCACCUAUAGAGCAAAUGUGCAAUAAAUGUCAUUGUUGUUAAAUUAAAUAAAUUUCUUACAUAAUGAAA